CCUCUAAAAAUUCAAAUCGAAUUGGCGUGACAUAACCUUACCUUUUCUGCGUUUUUUUAAGUGUUAAAAAGUUGGUUCUUGUUUUAUUUGUGCCAGUUAAUUUAAUUUACGUACAAUGUCUGCAAAUGUAUUUGAAAUUUCAAGCGAUUCAUCAGAGGAUACAAUAAUUAUGGAAGUAAAUGAAAAUAAAUAUUUAUCAAACACUGAUGAAUUAAUUGAUGCUGAAAGCCUUGAUGUUGAUUCAGACUUUCCACAAAUUAAAAAAUCUAAAAAAAAUAUUUCCGAUGGCUUUCCAUCACAGUGUGAAAACGACAAAGAAAUAUUACAACUCCUAUCCGAGAAAUACAAAAAAACAUCAGAGGACCAUUUUUUAGAAAACGUUGAGCCCUCAGUUAAAGAACGUAAGAACCAAAAAAAAAUUGAAGAGCGUGAGAGGAAGAAAAGGGAAGCAGAAUGCGAAAAAGCACUAAAAGGCGCGCUAGCAGCUUCCAAAAAAAACCUCAAACCUACCGAAUGUAGGAAAUUUAUUUCUGUCUUGAUUGAUAAUGAUAUUAUGAAUGAACCUUACGGUAAUGAUAUAAUAAACGCUCUACAAGCGGUAGAUGUUAAAUACAAAACCGAAUCUCAAAUUUUCCCACGUACGAUAACUUGGAGUCGCCAAACGCAGUCACAUUUAAUGAACGAUGACGGCAAGCUGAUUUCAUCGUCAACCGAAGAAGACACAAAUUAUAUUAUAACAAUAAUGAACUGUAGGGAAUUUUUAGACCAUGUGAAUAACGAAACCUUAUGUGCACAUAUUCAGUCUAUAAAAUCGGUUCUUGUAAAUAAAAAAAUUACAUUGGCAAUAUACGACCUACAAAGCUACAACCGAUACCAAAAAAACAAAAAAUAUAACGAAAUGCGAACCCAACUAACACAAGAAACAGAAAGAUCGACCUCCAAUAACCAUUUAUUCAGAGAUUUUCCCAACGUUAGCAAAGGCCAGAUAGAGCUGGCUUUGACUGAGCUUGAGUUGCUAUGUUCGUGCUCUCACCGUAUGGUUGAUUCUGGCCCAGAAUUGGGCCAAAUGGUGGCCCAGUUUACUAAAUCUGUUGCUGAAAUCCCGUACAAACAACAGAGACAUAAGUACCAAACCGAGUGGUUUGUAGCUGGUGAUAAUCGAGACUGUGUCAAUGUCGAUAAGGACGGAAACGGGCUGGGAAGACUGUGGAAGCAAACUUUGACCACAUUCCCACUUGCUAGUUUAGAAACAGCGGAGGCAAUCUCAUUAAAAUAUCCAAACGUUUCUGCACUAAUGAAAGCUUAUGAUGAGUGUCGGUCCAAAACCGAAGCCGAAUUAUUGCUUCAAGAUAUUCCGAUUCGGAGAGCUGCAGGUCCUUUAUCAUCGGCCCGAAAAAUCGGACCCGAACUUAGUAGGAAAGUCUUCAACUUUUUUACUUCAAAGGAUGGGGAAGGGUUAUUGUAAUAAUACAAGUUAACGUGUAACAAAUAUAUUUGGUUAAAUAAC